CUUCCGCCGCCAGGUUCGAGCAGGGACACUGGAGCAGCGUAGCUCAUGUCAGUGUUCAUCUCUGUGCAUGGGAUUAUAUGGAAAAUUAAUACUACAUAUUGAGUGUCUGACUGAAUGGCUGUGAUAUUGCUUAUCACAAAAUUAUUAUAGUGGUGUCAGAAAGUUAUUUUAAGUCUUCAUUGUUUUGGAAACCAGCUAGGAAGCUUCGGCUAACGAUAGCUGUCUACUGCGAUGGCAAGUGCAGCAAAUACAAACCUCAACGCUGUCCGGGAGACCAUGGACGUUCUGCUGGAGAUUUCCAGGUUGCUGAACACUGGUUUGGACAUGGAGUCUCUGUCUAUAUGUGUGAGACUGUGUGAGCAAGGCAUCAACCCUGAAGCCCUGUCUUCAGUCAUCAAAGAGCUGCGGAAGGCUUCUGAAUCACUCAAGGUCUCUGAGAAUUGCACAAACUGAAGAUGGAAUCAGAUCACCUUGGUUUAGGACCUUUUUAAUUGGAUACCUCCCCGUUUCCAGAUCAGUACCUGCAACUGGUUGUCUACCCCAACCUGAUUUAUUUUGGUACUCUGUCCUUGUUGACUAAUGUGUUGUCCUUCUCCAUGGUGUUUCUUGUGUUUUGGUUUUUGUAAAGUAGUACCAAGUGUUACUUUAUGUGUACAUUUUUUAAUUGUGUUUUCAGAUGGGUAUAAUUUGUCAUGAUUGUUUUGUCUGCCAUUUUUCAUAAUUUUGUGUGACUGUGAUGAAUGGAAGAGGCCGAAUAAAAUUGUUGCUGUAAGCAACCACA